AUGGCGUCCAACCAUCAUAUACCACUCUGUACCACCUGGCGUUGACGUGUCAAACUUUCCGAGAGCUGGCACUGGACACCCUAUGGGCGCAUAUACAAGCGUCAUACGCGCUUGUCAUGUGCCUGCCUCAGGACGCUCGUUCUCCACCAUGGAUUUGAUCGGAGGGGAUCUCAGCAUGUUGGGAAUCUCUAUAUGCCGUUCCGAUAUGGCUAUAACAGGUAACAUGGUGAGGCUUCUCAGACCAUUAGUCGAUGAUGAUUGGGUUACUUUUCGAAAGUAUGCGCGCAAAGUGCGCUCACUCACUUUCAAAAAACAUGAUGUGAGACAUUGUGGGCUGCGUGAUAACGUUGCACUUGCUCUUUUGGACUCUCAUGCUUCGCCGUCCCCAUCGUUUCCUCUACUCCACGAGCUGUACUGGUAUGACAUGCGUGAUGCGCUUCUACCUUGCUUGCACCACUACAUUUCCGCGUCCCUUACUCGACUUGUCAUCCAUUCGGAGCAUUGGCCAUUAGCAAUGGUCGAUCUCUUGGCAGGCGUGGGCAAGGCUUGUCCUAAGAUCAAAGAAUUUCGUUGUUCGACCCCACCCGCUAGUGCAUGUACCAUGCUGUCAGAUAUCGUCACUUACUGGGACGAUCUGGAGAUCUUGGAGACGGUGGCAGUGAAUGCACAGGCAUUGAAGCAUCUUGCAUCCCUCAAACAGCUGAGGGAGCUGAAGAUGCUCGUGCCAGAAGGUUACAGCCUAGAACCGACGUCGCCGUUCAGCGUCAUAUUUUCGGUGGACAAAAUCAGUAUGACUGCUCCAAAGGUCGAGCAUCUUCUCGCUUUUUUGGCCCCCUUGCAACUCUCUGCGAAGAGCGCGCAGCUGAAUAUCAAGACAGCUCCAAACGCAGUUGAUCUCGGCCAGCUACUUUCCUCCAUCACAGAGCAUUUCAAAUUCAACGUUUUAGAAUCGUUGAAUGUUGGGGUGGCUCGCCCCACCGAUUUCGCCGAUCACGCCCUUUUCGAACCAACCGCUUCCGCCUUACGAGGGCUACGGGCCUUCACAGGGCUCACCAAUCUCAAUCUCAGCUCAAUGCAUAUUUCUAUCACCGAUGAUGAAAUUAUAGACCUUGUUUCUGCUUGGCCGCAAAUGAAACAUCUUUAUCUUGACACGGACCGGAGCUGGGAAGUUACCCGCUUGGGGGUGACAUUUCUCGGGCUUGCAGGUGUUCUCGAGCGCUGUCCAAAACUGCGUUCGCUGGGGAUCAAUCUAGAUACAACGGCCCUUUCUCACACCCACCACCAAUACACUGGCAUCACCAGCGAGCAACUCACUGACCUACAUGUUGGGUAUGCAGAAUGUAACGAUGUUGAGGCCAUUGGCAACCUGUUAGCUGGGGUGUGUCCCAACUUGAGCCAUAUCUAUUGCACGCGUCCCGUAAAUCCCGAUUACGAAGAUGUUUCCACUCAUCAUACAUGGUUCGAAGGGGCAGGAACAUGGAAAAAGGUCGAAAAUUUCAUCAUUCAAAGGAGAAGGGAGCAACUAAUACGACAAUGGAUAUAUACCGGCCGUUUCUGAUGUAAAGAAUUGGUACAAAGCACCCGAGCGAGUUGCUUUUUUCUCGUGUACAAGACAAAUGUCAGUAAUUCUAUAUAUUCGGAGGAAUCUGUGAUCAUACAACGUGUAUGCCCCAUGGCAGACAUCGCACUGGCAUGCUGAGCUAUUAUAAUGGUAUUUACUUGUAAUGGGACGCGAGCGCAG